GCAUACACUCACUCAUUCCAAUAUUAAACAUUGUGACGGAGGGUGGGCCAACGGAUCGCCACAUUCUGUGAAAGCGAGAGAAAAAAAAAGAAAAUAACUUGGAAAAUGGGUGAAAAUUUCAAUAAAAAAUGUGCCAUAGAGACAAAUGAAAAGGAUGGAGGAAGAUAUGUCAAGGCCCAAGAAAAUAUUGCCACAGGUGAAUGCAUUUUGUUGGAACAGCCUACAUUGCUAUUGGCAUCGGAUGGAGAGAGACGUUGUGGGAAUUGCUUCAAAUUGGCCCAAAGCUAUUGCAGAUCCUGCAAGAUCACAAAUCUAUGCCUGAACUGCAAAGAGCACAACAAAUACGACUGCGAGAAACUGGCCGCAAUGGAGAAUUUGAACUGUGAUCUCUUGAAGAGAAACACCGAAUGCUAUGGCAUCAUCAAGUGUUUGUUGUUGCAAGAGAAUCCCGAUACCAAGGCCUAUUUUGACUCGAUGUUGGAGGCAGAUUGUUAUUUGGAAGAACGCCGUGGCUCGGACAUAUGGUCUCAUUAUCAUGUCAAUGUUGUGGAGCCAUUAAUGAAAUCGAAUAUUCUGAAAUAUCUGAGGCACGGUGAGCGGGUUGAUGAGGAUUUCCUGCAACGUUUGUGCGCCUUGAUUGAUGUGAAUGGUUUUGAGAUCCGGGCACCGGAUUAUGGUACCAUGAAGGGUGUCUAUUUGAGGGGGACAAUUUUGACCCAUGACUGUACGCCCAAUACCCAGAUUGCCAUCGAUGAUAAAUACUGCAUGAAAAUCUAUGCCAGUCGUGCCAUAGAAGCGGGAGAAAUCGUUACCAACUGUUAUACGAAUGUUCUGUUGGGCACCGAUGAGCGCCGCAAAAUAUUGAAAAUUACGAAAAAUUUAAAGUGCCACUGCAAACGAUGCCUAGAUCCAACCGAAUUCGAAUCUCACAUGUCCACCCUGCUGUGCUCCGAAUGCAAAACCGGUUAUGUGUUGAAAAAAGAUCCAAGCGAAACAAAAUGGCAAUGUCAAAAUUGUCAACAUCGUCGUGAUGCCAAGGAUGUUGACCGAAUGUUAAACAAUCUGCAGGAGGAGAUCAUAAAUGCUACCAAUGAUAUUUAUAAACUGGAAAUGAGCCUUAUGCGUUUCUCAAAGGCCUUGCAUCCCCAACACUAUUUGAUCGUGGACAUUAAACAAAAUAUCGCCUCAGCAUUGCGUCAAAUUCUCAACGAUCCAUCACAGUGUCCGGGUCGUAAAGUUUAUGAACGUAAAAUUGAGUUAUGCGAAGAUAUUAUAAAGGUCCUUAAUCUCAUAUUGCCCGGUUGUAUAUCACGUUUGAAGGCCAUCACUCUGUAUGAGCUGGUUAGCACCCAGGCGGAAUAUUAUCGUAUGCGUUACAAGGAGAAUGAAUUGACCAAGACUCAAUUGAUAGAAUUACUGCAUGAAGUCGAGCAAAUGUUCCGUGAGGCCAUACGCAUGCUGUUGUAUGAACCCAAAGAUACACCCGAGGGCAAUCUGUUACAGACAAUGUUGCAGGAACUCAAAUAUUUGCAAACAGAUAUCAAAAUGUUGGACUAAACUAAACAAAAU